GUUCAAACCCCUCCAGCUUAUCAGCCAGAGGAGAUGCAUUCCUCCGGGCUGCUCCCUCCCUAAGCCCUCGCUGGCCGGGCGCCCGCCCGGAGGAGGCGAUGGCAGCCCCGCACCCGCCCCCCGCUCAGCCCUGAGCGCAGCAGCCGCCGCCGGGAUGUUCGGCUGGCACCGCCGCUUCAGCCUCGCAUCGCCCUGGCGGAGAGGUGAGCGCGCCGCCCGCGCGGGGCCGCGGGACACGGGCCCCCCCCGGCGCCCCCGGCCCUGCCCGCCGCCCCCCGCCCUGCUCUCCGGCUGCCUCUGCCCCCGCGCAGCAGGUAAGAAGAGCCCACCUGAAGAGGACGAAGUCGUGCUAACACACAUGAAGAUAUUGAGCAGUGAAGGAAUUCAAAACCCAGGGUUAAUCCCCGAGGCUCCUGUUGACAGAGCCUGCACAGAAGAGUGCCAUCUCCCAGGUGCCAGCCUCCCACCAGACUCCCAGGAAAAUCCAAAUGCAGCGGCUGCACAGGCAGAUGCCCCAGCAAGCACAGACUAUGUAGCCACACUGCCUGACCUCAGCAGCUUUGAGUCCAAGUGCCGACUUCACAGGUUCUCCAAAUUUGAAUCUGAGGAUUCAGGGGUUGAAUUGCCAAGCGGGGCUAAUUCUCCAUCAACACCAACCGGUUCAGAGAAGAGCUUUGUGCUUCACAGCAGAGACUCAUUUUGUGACUCAGGUGUGCUUAGCACCUCUUCUUCUCCAGAAAUUGACCAUCUGAUAAUGAGAACAUGUAAAGAGCGAGCCAGAAAAGUCAGCCACCGAGAUCCAGACGGUGAAAAGCAAGGUGAAUGCUAUAGCCAGGAGACUGAUGCUGUGCAGUGUUCUACAGCUUCCCUUGAAGACUUCAAUGUCCCUCAGGAAGAAAGUCCUGAUGAACAUUUUGACCAAACUGAAAGGCAAUCUCUGGAAAAGGAGCCUACUCCAGAGACAGACCUUUCUAGGGAAGGCACUCUUCCCACCCCAGCUUCCAUAGAUGAGCCAAAGACGAUUGCUGACAAUUUCCCAGAGAACUUUGGCAGCGUGCAAGACCUUCAGAUCCAUGGACAUGAGCUGAAGAAGUACCCCACAAGCGACAGUCUGGAUGAAUACAUGGACGAAUGCUGUAGACUAAGUGAGGUGAACCAAGGUAACAGCAAAGUCCUGGGAUCUGGUCUGGGAUACCUGGAACACAUUUGCCAACUGAUCGAGAAGAUUGGGCAGCUGCAGGAGCACAACCUCCGUCUCCAAAAGCAAGUGUGCAGCUUGCAGAAGGAGCAAAAGCUGACCCAGAUAAAAGAGGAGUACCUUCUGCAGCAUUGUUCCUGUGGAGCUGCCACUGUCUUCCUCAACUCGUGCCGAGACGUGAAGGUGUUUGUUACUGGGAGGAGCAGACCUCACAGCCUUUUAGUUCAGACUGGAAACUCUUCUGAUCUUUCUAUCAUCCCAGAAAUAGGAGCGAAUACUGAAAAGUUGAACAGCUUCAAUGGAAGAGAGGGACAGCCGGAUUCAGGAAACAACCAGCUGAUGGUGGGGCUCCGGAAGCUGUCAAACUAUACGAACAACAAGGAGAAUGAGUUCCAAGAAGCUGGUGGUAUGGCUGAGGGACAGGCUUUUCCAUCAAAGGACCAUGCAGUAAGAAAGGGUCUGGAUGUCGGCAAGAACAUUCCGGGUGAAAGCCAUGCUUGGGGGAGAAUGAGAGAUCUUAUGAGGAAGACACGGCUGAGAAACCAGAACAAGCUGGGGCUGUCCUCUGCUGCUCUGAAGAGGUCUUGCCCACAGUUGUACAGGCCAGAUAUUAUGCCUUCAGAGCUGAAGAAAACUGAGAGGAACUCCAUGAUUGUCCUGGGGCAAAACACAAAGCAUGAAAAUAUAUGGCCUUUCUGAUAACCUGAGCCAAACGGAACAAGCUUUACAGAGACUGUAAACGUGAAUCAGUGCAAAGUGUAAAGUACUUCGAGGCAUCGCAUCAUGAACUGGUAUUCCCCAGUACCACCACCUCCAUUCACAUCAUAGUUUUGCCCUUUUUUUUAUUUUUAUUAAUGAUAAAAUGAACUAGCACUCUUUUUUUUAUUACAGCAUUAUAUGAAAUAUAUUCAUGUAUUCUCAGAAAUAAAUAUAUUUAUAACAUGCAACAUAUUGUAUAGUUCUCUGCUCCAGGAUACAUUGCAAUACAAGCAUAAGAACUUUAAUAAAAAGCAUAACUA